GAGAAGAGCUCCGUCCUGGGUGAACUGGCUCACAAAGCCGGACUCACAGAGCAGAUCCUGAACUCGGUGCCGGGGAUCAAAUGUAACCCGGUCCAAGGCGCCAUGUACGCCUUCCCUCAGAUCUUCAUCCCUCCCGGAGCCAUCCAGGAAGCUCAGUCCCUGUCCAUGGCCCCUGACAUGCUGUACUGUCUCAAGCUGCUGGAGGAAACUGGAAUCUGUGUUGUUCCGGGAAGCGGAUUCGGGCAGAGGGAGGGAACGUAUCACUUCAGGAUGACCAUCCUGCCGAGCCCAGAGAAGCUGAAAGUCCUGCUCGGGAAGCUGAAGGAGUUCCACCUCCGGUUCCUGGAGGAGUAUUCACAGCAGGAAGCUCCGCUCAGCAGAGAAACGUCAAAACACCCAGACUGAAGCUUUAAAAAACGCGCGACGGCGUGUGUGUGACGUUAAAACCGCUUUGAGUUGACUCGUUUUUCAGAAAUGUGUGACAGAAAUAUUGUGCCUUCUCCUCACGCGACGUCUGAAGAGGGAAAGGCUCAUUCUGCUCUCCCAUCACGCUCUCGUCGAUCUUUGCUCUGUGGCGAACGUCCUCUGAGAGUCUUAUAUUCACGCAUCCGCUCCUCAUCUACACACACACACACACACACACACACACACACACACACACACACACACACACACACACACACAGCCAUGCUCAGCUCACACAGCUGACGCUCAGCCAAGGACACAUCCGCUUGAUUUUAGGCGUAUGAGGAGUUUGUGCCUCUUUAAAUGCCUCCGUAGAAGUGCAGCUACAGUUUUACAAAUGUCAUUUUUUUUUGUUUGUUUCUGUAUUUAACAUUAAAGUGUCGGCUCAUAUCACAAAAUAAAUAUUUAA